AUUCUAUGAAGAAUACUUUCGUCGUGUUUUUAUUUUAUUUUAUUUUGGUUUGUUUUUUUUUGCGAACUGCUCGUGCUCGUUAAUUUUGUGUUUGGUGUGAGAAAACUGGUUGUCUGGUUGUUUGUUCGUUUGCUUGUCGGCCGUUGUUCUAAUCGGCCACGGGCUCCCUCUUUGCUCAAAUUUCAUUUCAAUCUCAUCAUUUCGGCUGCUUGUUUUCAUCGUUUUUCCCGGCAUAAUUUUUUUUUUUGCUUUCAUUCCUCUAUGUCUGCGAGCAAAUUCGAAGUGUUCCCUUUUAUUUUUUGCUGAAAAAAAAAUUCUUAAUUUCUCACCAUUCAUAAUGGCCAAUGAUGAAGAAUUGAUGCGUGUGGCUAAAAAGCUGGAUAAAAUAGCAAUUCGAAAGGAUACUUCGAGUGCUGCACAAGCUGUAGACAUUUUGAAAGCAUUACAACGAAUGAAAAUCACAUUGGAUCAGAUACAGAAAACGAAUAUUGGGAAAAUUGUUAAUCAUUUACGAAAAUCAAUUCACGACGAAGAGAUUAGUUCGUUAUCGAAAUCAUUGAUUAAAACAUGGAAAAAAUUAUUGAAUGAAAAAGAUAAUGGUAAUGGUGGUGGUAGCGGUGCGGCGAUUGGUAGUGGAAACAACAAUGGAAACAAAACUUGUAAUAAUAACGAUAAUGGAAUGAUUUCAAUGGAUUCUAUGGCUGAUUGUAAUAAUGAUAGUUCUAGAUUAUCACAAUCGUCAUCACAAUCAUCACCGAAUAUGAUCAAUGGUUCUAAUAAUAAUAAUAAUAACAACAAUAAUUCAUCAAAUGCAAGUAGUGGUGGCAGCGUUGGCAUGGCGUCCAGACGUCCACCACAAUUACCCAAACAAACAUCGUUUCCUUCUGAUACAACUAAUUCUGUUCGUCUUAAAUGUCGUGAAUUAUUGGCAAACGCAUUGAAACCGGAUCCUGAAAUGGAAAAAGACGAAGCAUUCUAUGAUGUGGAAAUAUUAGCCGCCGAAAUUGAGGACAAUAUUUAUAAAGAAUUUAAAGAUACGAAUCUUCGAUACAAGAAUCGUGUUCGUUCACGUGUAUCGAAUUUGAAUGAUAAAAAGAAUCCUGAUCUCAAAUUGAAUGUACUACGGGGACAUAUUAAACCCGAAAGAAUUGCAGCGAUGACAGCCGAGGAAAUGGCCAGCAAUGAAAUGAAACAAUUGAGACAAAAAUUCACAAAAGAAGCAAUCAAUGAUGCUCAAAUGUCAUUAACAGGUGGAACGAAAACUGAUCUGAUAAAAUGUCCAGCAUGUAAAAGGAAUAAUUGUACUUAUAAUCAGGUUCAAACACGUAGCGCCGAUGAACCAAUGACAACAUUCUGUUAUUGUAAUGAAUGCGGAAAACGAUGGAAAUUUUGCUAAAUUUUUGGAAUGCGCAAUCUUAUUGAUCAAUGAAUGAAUGAAGGAUUUGGCUCAUCAUCAUCAUCAUCAUUUUGUUGUUUAAAACAUUAGUAUAAAAAAAAAGUUUUUCCAUUCAUUCUGCCAAGAAAUUUAUAUAUAAAUUCUAAUAAUUGAUAAACUGCUUCAGACAAUUGUUUUAAUACACUUCAUUACACAUAAAUUAUAUAUUAUAUAGUUAUUCUAUAUUUCUUGAUGAACAAAACAAAACAUUUUUCUUCCUCGGUCAUUUUUUUUUUUUUUUUUUUUUUUGAUUAAUUAAUGAUGUGGUCAGUCAUUCAAUCUCAGUCUUAUAAAAUAUUUUAUCAUCCCAACAAUCAUUGACAAUGAUCGAUUUGAAAACAAAAAGAUAAUGAUAAUUUGGUAUUUGUCUCUUAAUAAAUCAAAUUUAAAAAAAAAAAAAGUAUAUGGAAUGAUGAUUAAACUUUGACAUGAAACUCGAUCGUUUGAAAUUUGAUAAACAAAUUUUUCGAAUAUGUUUAUUUCACUCUGUAACGCCAUCUUUUGAUGAAAACUAUAAACUUUGAUUAAAAUUAAUAUUUGUUUUUG